AUGCAGCGCGCCAACACGACCGAGAGCCUGCGCACGCCCGGCGCCGCCAUCUCGACGCUCAACCUCAACAAGCCCCCGCGGCCGGGCAUGGAGCGCGCGCCCACGUCGACCAACCUGACGCGCCCGCUGCCCAUCCAGCGCCUCGAGGGCAAGGUCGUCAUGAUCACGGGCGGCGGCGGCAAGGUGGGCGUCGAGUCGGCCGGCCGCCUGCUCAUCGAGGGCUGCAACGUCGCCCUCAUCGACAUCGACCAGACGGCCCUCGAGGUCGCCGUGCCCGUGCUCAAGGCCGCCAUCCCCACGGGCAUCCCCAUCGAGUCGCGCCUGCUGACCAUCGUCGCCGACGCCACCAAGGAGCCCGACGUCGAGGCCUGCGCCAAGAAGGUCGUCCAGCGCUUCGAGAGGCUCGACGCCGCCCUGCUCAACUGCUGCCACCGCGGCGAGUCCAAGAGCAUCUUCGACGUGACCGAGGACGACUUUGACCGCAUCAUGACCAUCAACGCCAAGUCCGCUUUCCUCGGCGUCAAGUACGCCGCCACCGCCAUGCAGACGACGGCCGCCGGCGGCUCCAUCAUCAUCCGCUCCUCCAUCGCCGGCCUGCGCGGCUUCCCCAACCUCAUCUCGUACAGCGCCAGCAAGUUCGCCCUGCGCGGCAUUGCCCUCACCGCUGCCGAGGAGCUCGGCCCCCUCAACAUCCGCGUCAACACCAUCCACACCAGCAUCAUCCAGACCCCCGGCUACAAGGACGGCUGGAGCAAGGAGAAGCUGGCCGAGCUCAAGGAGGAGACUGCCCUCGACCGCUUCAGCAGCCCCGACGACGUGGCCAGCGUCGUCGCUUUCCUCGUCAGCGAAGACAGCAAGUUCAUGACCGGCGGCCACCUGAAGAUUGACGGCGGCUGUGUCGCUGUCUAG